AUGCUCCUGAGCAUUCCUCUGCUGGUGGCCAUCUGUAGGUCUCCCUCCCUCCUCGGCAAGCCCCGAUUCCUCUUCCUCCUGCACCUGCUCCUCUGCAAUGCCCUGCAGCUGGUCAUCUUGGUGGCCAGGUACGCCUUCCUCACCUCACACCGCACCAUGCCAGUGACCCACUGCGUGGUUCUCAUGUCUGCCAACGAGUUCUUGGCCACAGUGUCCCUCCUCCUGCGAGCUGCCCUGUCGGUGGACUGCUGCGUGGCCAUCUGGCUGCCCCUGCACUACGAGACGCUGCUGAACAGGGUGCGACGUCGGGUGGUGGUGGCAUUCGUCUGGACUUUGCCCCUGCUGGUGAGCAUAGGGGCCUUGUGGAUGAUGCUGGACCUUGUGCAUAAGAACGCACCCAUCCCGCUCUGCCUCCCUUACACGGUCGGGUGCUAUCUGUCGGACCAGGGAACUGUGAUCAUUUUCUACACGGCCGUCAGCGUCUUGCUGCUGCCCGCCUACCUCCUCACCAUCCUCGGCUGCUUCGCACUGCUCUGCUGGCAAACGCGGGGGAGGAUCUGCACGCAACGCCGCGCCGGGGUCACGCUGGCCAUGCAGGCCGUGCAGAUUGCCAUCCACGCCUUGUCACUGGUGCUGAAUACCACCUACAUCCUCAGCAGAGAGAGGAAUGAGCCGUUGUCCCUCGCUCUGGUGCUGCUCACGCCCUCCAAUUCCCGCGGACCCACGCCCUUUGCAAUCUACGUGAAGGAGAACUACAAGACCAUCCGGCAGCAGCUGACUGGCCAGAGUCACGGGGACGUCAUGCGCAAACUCAGCGCGGACUUUGCCAGCAAGACGCGUCUCGAGAGCUGA